CCUUCACUGCACCUUUCUCUUCACAUCACUCUUUCACCAAGCUCUUCAAUUCUUGCAUCUACCCCAUAACUCGGCCAUCGCAUCAUCUUCAAUUUUGGCUUUGAAUUUGUGUUUCCUUCCAUCCCAACUAACCCUACCAACCUUUGUUCUUCAGUAAUUUCCCUCAUCAGUUUUGUGUUAUAAAAAGGCCUUAAUGUGUUGGAGAAGAAAAUCUGAUUACAGAAGAGAAAUCUGCGCCUCAUCUAUCAAAACGGCUCCAAUCACAAGAUCAAAGAAGGUGGAGGCAACUUUCGGGCCAAUAUUCUUAUGGAUUUAGAUAACAUUUUGGAUACCGAUAGUGAUUCCUCUGAUGAGGAGACCGAAAUGCGUGAAAUGCUUGAUCUGAUAGUGAUUGUUAUGAACUAUAGGCCUAGGGAGCCUCAGCGCACAUCCAUAUUAACUGGAGCAGCCUAUAUCAAUGAACAACUGGAAGGCAACCCUGCAAACUGUCAUGACAUGUUUCGAAUGUAUAAGGGUGCAUUUAGAAGCUUGUGUGCCCGUUUAAGGGAAUUGAACUACGCUGAAGAUACUAAAUUAGUCACUGUUGAAGAGGCCGUUGGUAUCACACUGUUUAUACUUGGUCAUGGUGUGGGAAUGAGAGUUGCAGCUGAUCGUUUCCAGCACUCCUUGGAGACAGUUCAACGUAAAUUUAGGCAGACUAUUCGAGCCUUUAGCAAACUAGGAAAACAUAUCAUACGACCGACACAGACUAUUGGAGUGCAUCCAUUUGUUAGUAACUCAAGUAAAUAUUACCCGUGGUUCAAGCAUGCUAUCGGUGCGAUCGAUGGGACACACAUCAAAGCGCAUGCUCCUACAUCGAAAAUGUAA